UCUCUCCUAAGUUGGUCACUGAUCCCAUAAAAGAAGUCAGUCAGCCAGCGAUAGAGUCUUGCUCAAGCCAACAGACAUGUCGGAAUUUCUGGAGGACCCGUCUGUGCUCACUAAAGAUAAGCUCAAAAGUGCACUGCUGGCCCAUAAUGUGGCUCUGCCGAACGGCGAACAGAAGAAAGACGUAUACGUACAGCUGUACUUGAAGAAUCUGACCGCGCAGAAUAAAAAGAGCAGUAGCUCUCCAGAUGUCUUCUCCAGCGACGAGGAUCUCCCUCCAGCCCCCGUGCUAUCCAACAGCAGCCGCUCUGGCAGGAAAGCCACCAGGAAAACUGACAAAGUCCGUCCAGAGGAUGUUGAUGUCAUUGAUUUGAGCAACGAGGCUUUGAAGGACCUUUUACUAAAGUAUGGCCUGAAUGCUGGACCCAUUGUUGCAUCCACUCGGAAGGUCUACGAGAAAAGGCUUCAGAAGCUGUUGGAUCAAGGUCCUCCAGAGAUUGUAGCCCCUCCCUCAGAGACAUCUCAGACAGACGGCAGACAGAAUGGCAUCAUAGACUCAGACCAGUACAGUGACAAAGAGGAAGAAACGGUAGCUCCAGCCCUUGAGUUUGUGCCAGAACCUGAACCGGAAGUAGAGGCAGAGUCUAUUCCAGUUGUGGAGCGACCAAUCAGGAGCAGAGGGAAAGUACCAGUGACUAGCAGAACACGCAGUGGCCAGCACAACAGGGAGGAUGAAGAUGAGGAGGAUGUUUUGAACAUAAAGAGAAAGAUGAAAAGAUCUUCUCGCAGGCUGGAUCAGAUGGUUCCUGCAAGCGACGACACUGAGAACUCUGAGCACUCAUCUGCAGAAUACGGCUCUGUUUCUCAAGACAGGAGAAGAACAGGACCUGUGGCAGCAAGAAAAGAGCCCAGACCCUUGCUCACAGAUAGGAUGUCAAAGCUGUCAUCUAAGACUGAAUCUCUGAGACGACGCAGUGCACCAGUCCGCUCAUUUCGGCCUGAUUUGAAUGAGGCUCCGGUCACUGAUAAGGAUUUUUCUAAGCCCUCAUUAGCGAAGGAGGUUUCUAUUUCUCUGGUGAGGAUGAAAGCACAAACCUUGGCAGAACCCAAGGAUCCCAAACCCUCAAAGCGCUCCUCUAUGUCUGCGACUGACUGGUCAGAAUCACCAAAACAUCACAACUCUCCUUACCAGUCAACCUUAUCUGGUUUACAUAGCACCACUCCCAUUGACAAGUUUGAUGAGAAUGCAGCUGAAAUCACUUCUCCUCCAGUUAGAGCAUCCAAUCGAGAGCCGCUAGCUUCCCUGCUUAACACUGCUUGUGUUGAGGUGGAUGGCCAGGGUAUGCAGGACAUGCUGAGCUGUAGAUCUGCGAACCGUGCUCCUGUGGCUCAGGAUGUCAAAUCUGUCACUGUAUCGAAGCUUUCAAAGUCUCAUUUGAGUCAAACCAAACCUUCCAAACCCUUGAUGGCCAUGGUGAGCCAUCUUUCACCUUCCUGUGAUGGCCAAAGACAGGAGAGCUUUGGCUCACCAAAGACUGAAUCCAAGACUAGACAGUCCAAAAUCACCCCUUUCUUUUCCCAAAUCACUUCUGUCCGAGGACUUGGUGGCAGCCAGACUGAGACGCCAAAGUCUGCAACGGUUGAAAAGGUGUCUGCUAUUGAUCAGACCCCAAGGACUGUAGAGCGAGAUGUGCUUAAAGAGAUCUUUCCCACUGAAAACCUCAACACCCCUACUGGAAUCAGUGCCACCUGUCGCCGACCAAUCAGAGGAGCAGCCGGCCGGCCCCUGGUCGGUGACACAUGGCUGGACGAAUCCCGUCUCCGUCUUAAGGAGCUCAGAGAAACCAGCUCCUCCUCCACCUACACAGAGACCCAAUCCUACACAGAGACACGAUCUGUUCCAAGUGUGGCCGCUGUCCCUCUGACCGCCUCCAAGCCCACGGCGCCCCCUGCUGUGAAGAGCAGAGCGUGGCGCAGCCUGCCAGUGUGGGUGCAGCUUCUGCUGCUCAGUGUGGUCGCUGGAUUCCUGUUCUUUGUCUACCAGGCCAUGGAGACUGAUGAGAUUGGACUCUUCGGGCAGAGCGGAGCAGAUGAUAGCACCAGCAAAUGAAUGUGACGCGAAUCGGCCCACUCUUUGCCCUCUCUAUCGCACUCAGCCAGUGCAUCUCUCUGGUGACUCAACAGCUGUGGACUUUUACCUGAGAUCGUUAUAGAUUCAUACAGAGCUUUUGCAUCAUGUAUGUCUGCUCAUGUUCUCUUCCAAAUGAACCGGUUUAGAGGAAAAAAAACCUGGUUAUAAUUUUAAUACGGUGACUUGCCUUUUGUAUGUUGGGUUUUUUUUUUUUUUUUUUUACUUAAUUUUACAGAAUAAUGUUGAUGCUGUCUGUGAAUGGGAGUCUGAGUUGUAGUGCUGAAGGAGUCGGAUAAAUACACUUGCUUUGUUUGUAAACUACAUUUAGCGUCUACUUGUGACUAUUUUUGCAUUUAUUUUCACAUGUAGCUCUUUAAAGGUGCCGUAUCCAUCUUAACAUUGAUGCCCUUGUAGUAUUUAUGUAUGUUGUGGAAAUACAAAUAUUUUCAAUAAAAUGUUUUGCAAUGUGAGGCCAUUUUAAUUUUUUGGGUUUUAUCAUUUUAAUCCCUUAUUAAUUCGGGAUCUUGGAGUUGCAAAUUGACAGUUUGCAAGAAGAUUUACACUGUCUAGUUCUUAAAAACAAAACAAAAAUUAGAAAACUCUUUUCUCAGUUUUGAAAAAUGUGUUCUUUAAAUCGUCAAAAUUUUAAAUGUCUUUUUAAAACAAGAAUUUGGGUUAAUAAACUGCAAGAUCUUUAUACUAAUGUAAUAGUAGAACUGGACAAUGAGUUAAACACCUGCCAUCGUGUCCUUUACUCUGCUUUUAAGACUGAUACAUUUACGAAUCAAUAUUCUGAAUAUGUAUUUAUUUUACAUUACAAAGUGCUCUGUAUUUGUGAGGUAAAGCUUGGAAGGUUCAGGUACUUUUUAUGUACAUGACAGAAUAUGGCUUAAUAAAGCGGUUUACCUCAUCAA